CGCGUAGCGCGCGCUUGUGUUGUGCUAGUAAAGUGUAAAAAGUGCAAAUAAAGCGUAAGAUAACAAUAAAAGUUUUGAUGUGUUUAUUUUUUGUGAUACGUUUUAAAGGUUGUAUGUAUGUCUGAUAACGCGAGUAACAAAAUACAUACAAAGAUUCUCUUUUUAUCUUUCAUUCUGGGAUCAGGCUUUCAGCAAGUAAUACAUACAUAAGUAUCUACUCUUGCCCAGUAUAAUUAGCCUAAAGUUAUUAUGAUUUCCAUAAAGGAAGGUCGGUUAUCACUAGUGUUUUGGUUGAUUACUUUAAUUGGUCUUCCAAUUAGCAUUCCUUAUUUUAUAUAUGAGUUUAUUCGUACCAUGCGAGAAAAAGAGAAACGUGCUGCUCUUAACAACAAGGUGGUAAUGAUAACUGGAGCUAGUUCUGGUCUAGGGGAAGCUCUGGCUCACACAUUUUAUAGAUGUGGCUGUAAAAUUAUCCUGGUAGCUCGUAGAAAAGAGGAGCUAGAGAGAGUGAAGAAAGAUUUGACAGAUAUCAGUGCAGCUGUUACUCAUGUACCUAUUAUACUGUCGUUAGAUUUAACUGAAAAUGAAAGCCUAAGAGAUAAAGUCACAAAAAUUAUAAAUGUAUAUGACAGAAUUGAUAUUCUAAUAAAUAAUGCUGGAGUUUCACACAGAGGGACAGUUUCCGAUACAGAUAUUGAAGUACACAAAAAACUCAUGUUUGUAAAUUAUUUCUCUCAACUUGCUUUGAACAAUAUUGUUCUUCCAUAUAUGAUCAAACAAAACUCUGGUCACAUAGUUAGCAUAAGUAGUGUGCAAGGAAGAAUUGCUAUUCCUUAUAGAUCUGCAUAUGCUGCAUCCAAGCAUGCAUUACAAGCUUGGUAUGAUNGUGCUAGAGCGGAACUACAUGAUAAAAAUAUUUAUUUUACUGUUGUUAAUCCAGGAUACAUUAAAACUUCUUUGUCUUAUAAUGCUCUGACAGGGGGUGGACAAGUUUAUGGAGUAAUGGAUGCAACAACAGAAAAUGGGUAUGAACCUGAAUAUGUAGCUGAAUGUAUUUUAAGAUCUGUUCUAGAACAAGAGAAGGAAAUUACUAUUGCACCAUUUACUUCAAAGGCUGCAAUAGUACUUAGAACAUUGUUUCCUUCUGUAUAUUUUUAUAUAAUGAAACAGCGUGCAAAAAAAGGAGCAAAAGAGCAUUCUCAGUAAAUGAUGAUUCAGAUGUAACAUGUAUGAAUGUAACAUUCAAUCUCUCUAAUAACUUAUUGACAAAUAUUUUGUUUGUACAUAUACUGAUAUGUAAUUGUUUGGAUGUUAUAAUGUUCGUAUAUUUAUAUAUAACAUAAAAAACAUGUAAAAAAAAUAUUAUUAUAAAAUAUAUACAUAAAUUAUGCACUUUAAAGUUUAUAUUUUAAUGAUUAUUGUAAGAGGAAAUAACAGUUAAAUUAAAUACACUAUUCAAAAGUA